AUGUCUAGGACGACAUACGACCUUUUACCUGAACGUCCGAAACGGAUGAUCCCUAACUUAAUUAAACGUAAAAAACUGAUAUAUUGUAGCUUUCAUUUAUCUGAAUUAUUGGCUGUAUUAGCGAGACUAUUUAUCUCGAAUUUUAUUGUUAAAUAUUUUUUAACAGACAAAGAAUCUGAAAUAGAUCGAGCAUCAACGCGUCAUUCAUCAUCACUAUCAUCAUCGCCGUCGUCAAUUUCUUCGUUAACAUCGUCAUCUAACGCAUCAAUAUUUUUACCAGAGGAUAAAACAGAUUCAAUAAAAGUAUUCUCUGAUGCUUUAUUAUCAAUCUAUGGUACAAUUACUUAUGGGGAUGAUCGUGGUAAACUGGCAUGUGAAACAUUAAUGAAAAUUCUGUGGAGUAUAACAUUCUACUCUGAUGAUGAACAAAUAAAAAGACAAUUAAAAUCAAAUGGUAUUCUUAUAUUUCUUCUUCAUUCACUAUCUGAAACAGAUCCAUUUGAACCAUUUGUUCUAUUUUGCUAUUCUAGCCAAGAUGAACAAUCUGUUAAACAAUUAAUUAAUCCACAAACAUGCACCAUUUAUGCAUUGUUAAUGGAUGAUGAUAACGAUGAUAUUAAUACAUCUUAG